AUGCCCCGGGGGAGCCGCAGCAUGGCCGCACGGCCAGCCAGCCGUACCACUGCGCCUUCUGCCCACCCGCCCGCGCACCCACCGCCCUCGGCCGCUGCCCCGGCCCCGGCUCCUUCUGGCCAGCCAGGCCUGAUGGCGCAGAUGGCGUCCACGGCCGCUGGGGUAGCCGUGGGCUCAGCUGUGGGACACGUCGUGGGCAGCGCCCUGACUGGAGCCCUCAGCGGGGGAAGCUCAGAGCCCGCCCAGCCUUCUGCUCAGCAGGCCCCAGCUCGUGCUGCCCCCCAGCCGCUGCAGUUGGGGCCCUGUGCCUAUGAGAUCAGGCAGUUCCUGGACUGCUCCACCACUCAGAGUGACCUGUCCUUGUGUGAAGGCUUCAGUGAGGCCCUGAAGCAGUGCAAGUACAACCAUGGUCUGAGCUCCCUGCCCUGAAGAGACCAGGGCAGACUGGAGCAUAUUUGUGGGCCAGCCCUGCUCUCACCUCCACUGCUUCACCAACAGCCAGACCAGGACAUUGACAUCAGAUUGUACCCAGGUAGCUGGGAUUGGUAGUGAGGAGGAGAUUUCUCACCCCACCGAUGACCCGAGACACAAACGUGCAAUUAAAAGUUUAUUUUAGACUAGA